AUGGCCUCCCCGGCGCGCCGAAUAUUCGCUCCCCUCAAAAAGGACGCACAGCCCAACCCGGCUCCCAAACUCCAGGGCAUCGUCUUCGACAUGGACGGAACGCUAUGCGAGCCCCAAACCUACAUGUUCGCCGACAUGCGCAAGGCCCUCAACAUCCCCAAGACAACCGACGUCCUGCACCACAUCCAGUCGCUGCCGCCGCACCGCCAGCCCGCAGCCAAAGAGGCCAUCCGCACCAUCGAGCGGAAGGCCAUGGCCUCGCAGGUCCCGCAGCCCGGCCUCGCCACCCUCAUGGCCUACCUCGACGACCGGUCCGUCCCCAAGGCCAUCUGCACACGCAACUUUGACGUCCCCGUGCGCCACCUGCUCGACAGCUUCCUCCCCGGCUCGGCCUUUCACCCCGUCGUCACCCGCGAGUUCAAGCCGCCCAAGCCCGACCCGGCCGGCAUUCUGCAUAUCGCGCAGCGGUGGGGGCUGGCGGAUGCCAAGGGGCUGAUCAUGGUGGGCGACUCGAUUGACGACAUGGCCGCGGGCAGGAGGGCCGGUGCCGCGACAGUGCUCUUGGUGAACAGUGUCAAUGCGACGCUGGCGACCCAUGAGUACACCGACUUGGUCAUUGGGCGUUUGGACGACUUGGUGGCAAUCUUGGAGAAUGGCUUCGAGGGAAAAGACGCCGGUCAGCGCCGCCGCGAGGCCAUGGACAAAGAGGACACGGACUCGGCCUUUAAGCCCACAAGUGCUGCGUUGUAA